AGGCGUCUGUAUCUUAAUUCUUGCACUUGGGUCGCAGAUAUAAAGACACGCACACACUCUCUUUUAUCUCUACAAAUCUUCCCUACUCUUUCAGACUCACCCACACAUACAACCAUGUUUACGUUUCUUCUUCUGUUUGCCAUGUGGAGCUUUGCUUCAAGGACCUUCUCUCGAGCCAUCAAAUUGAAGAAGGACUUAUUGAAGCUGAGUCAAGUUUCUUCAGAAUUGUCAGAUGAUGAAAUUCCUGUAAACAACAGCGGUGAAGAGGGAUUGGAAUGUCCGAUAUGCUGGGAAUUCUUCAAUAUGGUUGAGAAUGUGCCUUAUGUUUUGUGGUGUGGCCACACCCUCUGCAAGAAUUGUGUUCUAGGCCUGCAGCGUGCUGUUGUGAAAUUGCCGACAUUACCGCUUCAGCUCCCAUUUUUUAUCUCUUGCCCUUGGUGUAAUCUGUUAUCUUUGCGGUUGGUCUGCAAGGGGAAUCUCAAGUUUCCACACAAGAACUACUUCCUCCUCUGGAUGGUCGAAAGUAUGAAUGGUGACAGGUCAAAAGCAUACCAUUCUUUUGAUGGAGGUCAUCAACCAGCUUGUUCCUCGAAUAGACAUUCAGCUGCGAGGAAUCACGUUAGUCAUGUGAAUAAUAGACGAGCGUCUCGUACUCACUCCUUGCAGCGGUCUGAGGUCAACCAUGAUGGGGGCCAUGACCGUAUCCUCUGUAGCUACCUUAAUGCUGAAAGAAUUCACUUAUCCAUUCGUAAGUCCUUGGUUUUCUUUGCUCAGCUGACGGCCAAGUUCCCAUUGGUUAUCAUACUCGUUCUCUUUAUCUUGUAUGCAAUUCCUGUCAGUGCGGCCAUAUUGGCCCUUUACAUUCUUAUCACUUUUGUGUUCGCCAUCCCUUCUUUCCUGGUCUUGUACUUUGCCUUCCCAACUUUGGAUUGGUUGGUUAGAGAAAUUGUCACAUAAGUCGCCACUAGUUUUUUCCCUUGUUCCUUAAACCUUGCAGCAUGACCACUUCUCCCAGCAAUUUGACGACGCUUCCUGUAUUAGAAGUUGACUUGAUUGCAUGUUUAACCCAUGGAGUAAUGAAGUUGACUUGAUUGCAUGUUUAACCCAUGGAGUAAUAAAUAUCUUUUUUCAUAAGCCUCUCUUUUUAUCAGAAAUGACUCAAAUAAUUUCCCAUAUGGCUGAGAAAUGGCUGUGGAUGUUACAAUUGCCUGCCAAUGGCUGUUGCAGUGUGUUGCCAGAAAUUUUCGGCAGCAACUGAGGGUCCUUGGAUCAAUUGUGUUUUUGUUUUGGUACUGUAGUGGUGUUUUACUUUUUUUUUUAAAUGUAUAUAUGAGCAUAGCUUUGUCAAGAAGACAAACCCUAUAGUGAAUUUCCUCCGUGUAUUUUCACUUUCA